CGACAUCGAUCGAUGGAUGCGAUGCGCGCCGUCGCGGCGCCGCGCGCGAGCGCCGCGAGACCCGCGCGCGCGGCGCGCGACGCGCCGACGCGCCGACGCGUCGUCGCCGGCGCGUCGCGGUACGCGCUGUGCGCGCACGGGGAGAAUCUGCCGCAUCCGGACAAGACGGCGAAGGGCGGCGAAGACGCGUGGUUCGCGCGCGUCUCGGCGGCGAACGGCGGCGGCGCGCUCGGCGUCGCGGACGGCGUCGGUGGGUUCAACGAUCAGGGCGUCGAUCCGGGGCUGUACGCGCGCGUGCUGAGCUACGAGGGACUGCGGGCGUGCGACGGCGGCGACGGCGGAUUCUUCGGGUCGAGCGCGAAGAUCGACCCGAGGGCGAUCGCGAUCGAGGCGCAGGCGAAAACGAUGCUGCCGGGCGCGGCGACGAUGUGCGUGGUGGCGCUGGAUGGGAAAAAGCUGACGUGCGCGAACGUGGGGGACUCUGGGUUCCGAGUGGUGCGACGCGGGGGGGUGACGUACGGGUCGACGGCGGGGCAGCAUUAUUUUAAUUGCCCGUAUCAGUUGGCGUACGAGGCGCUGGCGAAGGAUUGCGACAGCGCGAGAGACGCGGAUGUGUACAGUUUCGACGUCGAGGCUGGGGACGUGGUCGUGGCGGGGAGCGACGGGUUGUUUGAUAACGUGUUCGACGAGGAAAUCGCGAGCGUGGUAAACGCGGCGUACGCGAGCGCCGGGGACGCGGCGUCGGCGGCGGAAUCGGCGGCGAAGGCGCUAGUGAAGGUGGCGAGAAAGCACGCGGAGGAUAAAAAGUACGACUCGCCGUACGCGCGCGAAAUGGCGAAGAGCGAAACCGACAAGGGCGGCGCGCCGAAAGCCGUGGGAUUGUUUGGGGGAUUUCAGCAAAUGCUCGGCGGUGGCAACUUGGGCGGGAAGAUGGACGAUAUCACCGUCGUUGUUGCCACCGUCGUCGACACGGCGUCGUCGCAGCGCGAGCUCGCGCGAUCCGAAGCUGUGUGCGACGCCAACACCAAGGCGCUGACCAAGGCGCGCGGUUUGGCGUCAAUCGAAGAGACCAAAGUCGCUCGUACGGUGGCGCUCCGUAAGGAAAUGGACGACGCGUUCAACGAAAAAGUCGCCGAAGUAAACAAGAGAGAGAAAGCCGUGGCGAACGCCAAGUCGGAAUUCACUCGCGCGCAAAUCGAUUCGAUGGACGCGCCCACGGUGCGCAAGCUCUUACAAGAGCGCGGACUUCCCACGAGCGGCAAGAUCGAUCGAUUACGCGAUCGCUUAGCCGAAGUUAAGGCGCUUUAA